AUGUGUGCCCUCCUACUCUUCGUUGUCGACGUUAGCGCAAACAUUAUGGAACCGCCCAUAAACCAGCUGAUGGAAGACGUGAUUUGUCGCGACUACUUCUCAGACCACUCACUGGGCAAAGGAGGCCUCAUGGAUCACCGUUGCAAGGAACGCAUGGUGCAGAAAGACUUUACCACGCUCAAAUCGGUCAACAUGUUCAUGCAAACACUUUUUCCUCUUCUUGUCCAAAUCCCUUUUGGUGUCGUAGCCGACAAGUACGGGCGAACAACGGUGCUCGUCACGGCCAUCUCCGGUGUACUGAUGGCUGCGGUCUGUGGUGCCACGAUUCUGCACUUUCCUACCGUCUUUCCCUCGUGGUUACUGCCCAUCUCACACGUCUUUCUACUGCUGGGCGGCGGGGGUCCAAUGCUCAACGUCAUGCUGUUCACCAUCAUCGCCGAUGUCACCUCCGUUUCGGAGCGUGCAGCUGUCUUCUACCAGCUGAUGGCCCUUUCCGUGAUUCUCGGCGCAAUAUUCGGGCCCUUCUCGGCGUGGCUCAUGAGUAAGGAUCCUUGGCUGGCCGUCUUCCUUGGCGUCUUCAUCAUGUUCCUAGGAUUGGUGACCUCGGUUUUCGUGCCAGAGACGAAAGACUACCGAGUGACCUCGGACUUCUCGACGCUCUCGAACGACCUCGAAGCAGAGCCUGUCACGAACCAGACAUCUCGCCAAGGGCUCAAGAGCACGGUGAUCCAUAGUCUCCGUCUGUGUGGAGCUGACAUGGUUCUGGUUUGGCGUUAUGUCCUUGGCUCGCCUCAAAUUAUGCUGUUGGUGUUUUGUGAGGCACUCUUUGUGCCCGUUGCCACAGGCUUGGCGACUUUCCGCAUCCAGAGUAUCACGGUCCGCUUCGGUUGGAAUUGGGCAAAGGUCGGACUCGCCGUCGACGCUGGAUGA